GUAUGUUAUGAUGCUAUCAACAUGUGAUUUCCUCCCCGGACCUUCACAUGAAGAAGAUGAAAGUGGUAUUUGGCAAUCAACGGCGGAUGGCAGUACACUGACACGUAAUGCCGCGUGGCGUAGUAUUUCUCCUGCAGCUGCGGCUACAUUGGAAUAUAUUCUUAUGGCACCAACUUCGGCUGCAAUACCAUUACAUGAGCAGCCGGUAACCUUUCUCAACCAGAAUCGAUCAUAUGAAAUUAGGUGUCGUAAAUGUGCAUUUGAGCCAUGUUCGGGUGGACAACAGUCAUGCUACAAGACAGUGAUAACCAUUUGUUUCGACAACAAGAAGUUGCGUUAUCAGAUGAAUGAUUUAAUAGAAAUAUGGAAGACGAAAAAUCCAGGAAAACGCUUUUUUGCACUAGAUAUACCACGCUGUUCAAAUGUAUCAAACGUCAAAUAUGCACUGCGUUCAGCUGAAUUUGUGUGGGAUGGUUCCUUACCAAACGCCAUUGUAUUUAUCAAAUUUUUCGUUUUAAGCUCCGAUUUUGUCGAUAAUUGUGGUGAGAAGGGAGAACCAUUUCGGCUCGUUUUCCAAACUUAUUGUUGGAGAUCAUCGGAACUAUUGCAACAAAAUAGUUCACUAAUUCAAAUUUUUAAGCUUCGUGGUGCCGAAAGAAAGAGAAGAACAGAACGGAAGAAAGCAACAAUGCAUGCGAAUCAGGAGCAGUAUCAGCCAUCAUAUGACUAUACUUUCUUAUUGGGUGCAAAUUUGGACUAUGAUGUAGAUAAUGAAGAAAGAGUAACUCCCAGCGAACAAGUUGAUUAUACUGUGGCCUCAUUGGGAAGGAGUAAACUGUUACGCGUUCCAACCACGUUAAAUGAUAUGGAACAAGUGAUAGCGAAAAGGCGUUGUAGCCAAUCGGUGGAUAGUAAUUAUUCACGAGAAAACUCAGUAACUGAAAUGGAUGUCACUGAAGUGCGCAUUUGUGCCAAUCAUUCGGCGGCUUUUCUCGCGAAAUGGCUCAAAUCGCAUCGUUUCACCAACUGCGCUCAUAUUUUUGAUAAUUACAGCGGAGAAGAUAUCCUUCGACUAAGCAUACUCGAUUUGACCUCUUUGAUUGGUAAUAAACCUGAAGCCUUACGUUUAUUCCAAGCAUUACGUAAGAAAGCGAUCGAGCCACAAAUAACCAUUUAUGCGGCAAUAGAAGGAAACAGUGUAUACAAUAUGGUGAAACUAUAUAAUGGAACUUUGGAUGAGUUAAAGGAGAAAAUGGAAAAAAUGACCGGUAUUGCGCUAAAACAAAUAUUCGUUCGUGGACCGCGGAACAUUCUGAUCCGUGUUACUGAUCAGGUUAUUGAAAGUUGGCAAAAUGAAUCAAUAUUUCGGAUAGUGCGAACAGAUAAUGAGUGCACGUUAGCAGCAGAAACGUGA